GCGUGAGUACAAUUCAGCUAUUUUUCUGAAAUGCCGCGCAGCUCACCUUCAACUCGAAGAAAGUACAUGGAAAAAUAGGGCAUUUCCUUCCUUUCGCAUAUCGCGGAUGUGAGAAGGGCGCACAGUCUUGCUGGCUCCCCACACGCUCUUUAUUUCAGAUUGAGCUUCACUCUGGAAUCACCUACCGAAUUUACAAGCCAAAACGCUGGGUUUUAAAAACCCAUCAUAAAAAAAUGAAUGUUUUAAUUCAAGUAAUCGCUGUUGUUGCGUUUCUUUUGGAAGUAGCAGGGAAGAACCCGCGGAGUUGCACGUGUAUUCUGAAUGACUGCUACACCGCUAUUCAAGACCAAGUUGAUUUUCAAACAUCAGUGGAUGCGUGUAAGAAUAAAGGAGGACAUUUAAUGACAGUUCGGACAACAGUGUCCAGUGAUGUCAUCCAUGACUUUAAUCUUAACGGAGACUUCUGGAUCGGGCUACAGCUUCCCAGCGGGCGAUGUAGCAGUGUUACAUCUGGAUGGUUGAGGGGAUACGAGUGGACAACAGGAGACAACAAGACAGACUUCACAAACUGGAGAAGCAACACAACCUACUGUUCUCAAAUGUGUGUCUCCGUUUCUCGUGAAAGCCUGAAGUGGUCGGAGAGGCCGUGCCAAGACAAAAUAGCGGGAUAUUUGUGUGAGAACAACUACAAGAGUACGUGCCCCCCUUUGGAAACUGAUACUAACGAGUCAGUCUUCUACAGCACUCCUCUUGGAUAUAAGGGACAGGGUCUCCUCGCGCUCCCCCCAGGAACUGUUGCGACCACCUAUCCCUCAACAAUUAAACGCAUCUGUGCGGCUGAAACAGAGGAAUGGCUUAGCGCCUCGUGGAGCUAUGACAUAGAUAGCGGUGCCUGCGAAGACGAAUGUCGCCAGAAGAACGGAGUUUCAGAGUACAUCUGCUCGCCGAAUGAAGGGACUCGAGGUGGGGUCUGGUGCAAGUGCCGAGAUGGCUUUCAACUUGUUGGCGGAAAAUGCUCGGACAUAAACGAAUGCAGUUCCGGCCCUUGCGAACACAAAUGCGACAAUACAGUUGGCGGAUACAACUGCUCCUGUCAUGAUGGAUACAGACAAUCGAGAGAAGACCCGCACAGAUGUGAAAUGCAUUGUCCGUCAGAGAAGUGUGAGGCUAUAUGCGACAGAAACGAAAAUACGCAAUGCUCCUGUCCCAAUGGAUACUUGAUUGACCAGAGAAACGGCACCAGUUUGUGCAUUGAUAUCAACGAAUGUGGACCCGAUAGUUCUGAAUGCGAUCACAAAUGCGUAAACAGUUUUGGAAGUUUCAUAUGCUCCUGUGAUGAAGGAUUCAAUCUGAUUGAUGGUCACAAAUGUGUCAGACAGUAUGAUUCUGUUUUAACAACUCCAGUAAGCUUAUACAAUGAUUUCGUUACUUCAUCUUCAAAAUCUUCAAAAAAUAUUGUAAGCAGCGCUUCCAUAAAGACACCCGGAAUGAUUACUGGAAUUGUCCUAUUCCUUUCCGUCGCAUUGCUUGUAGUGAUGUUUUUAGUUCGUAAAAUCCUUCUCACUAAGCGCGAGGGUGCCAGUGGAGAAGAGUCGCACAGUGGAGACACGCCUGUAAACUUGCAGCACAUGUCCACGGAAAAGCGUAGUGUGAAUGCAUCUUCUGUAGACACACGUUUAAAACAAGUAUGCUGAUUUACACGACCCCUAAAUGACAUUUCAUGACGGUUAUUUUCAAUCAGCCAACAUUUACACUUAGUAGGCUACUUUGGCAGACGCUCUUAUCCAGGGUGCUUUGUUUAGCGCACGUUGUAAGGCCUACAUUUCACUAUUCGAGCUAGUUUGAUUAUGCAUGGUUGUUAACCCACGUGUAUUAGAAUUUAUUGAGAUAACGGCGCGUGACAUUCAUUCAAAACGUGCCCCCUCAGAAAAACAUGGAUGAAAAUAUUGUACGUAUAUACCGCUGUUUUAAAACGCUGCUAUCAAAGUGGGUUCUGUAUGUGAAGUUUAUCUCUUUUUUCCAAAUCUAUUAUGUCCAUCAGGCUCCAUCCAAUCUCAGCUCCUUUUUAGUUAAAAACAUUCAGCAAAAAUACUUUUCACAAUAUCUCAGUACCGCGGACAUGGACCGACACAGUAAAAAUCUUUUACGCACUGUGCACCUUGGUCAUUGAACAGAAAACUGCUAAACCAGGUAACUUGGUUCCUUUCAGUGAAUUAAAAAUGCGCUUCUAAGAUUUUUCACCACCUUGAAUCUUAUAUCAAAUGUUUUAUAUCGCCUUUGCUGUAUAUUGUGUAAACUGUUUUUAUAUAUUGUGUAAAUUGUAUUGUUGCUUGUUUUACCAGGUCGCUCUUGUAAAAGAGAUGUUAAUUGCAAUCAGACUAGUCUGGUUAAACAAGAUAAAAAGGCUGCCAAAGCAGCAAGCUUUGUCUUCUCUCAGCUACCUCUCUCCAAAGAUGAAAGUUUCCUUGUGUUUCAAAUCUUCUGUCAGAGAGUUCAUGUGAUGGUGGUAUGCUUCGGUGAUAAGUUCUUUUAUUUUUUAGAAAUGUAUUUGCUUUGUGGAGUAUGAAGAGAAUUUUUUUUAUGAAAAUACGUACCUGGCUGUCAUUCAAUGAACUACUAUUUGCUAUAAUGUCAUUUACAGUGCACUUCCUUGGAUUUUCAAAGAGAAUAAUAAAAAUAAAACUAACUGAGACUGAAGGAGAAAAAAGCACCCCCUUGCAAAAGAAAGGAUCUGAGAAACAUGUGAGAAAAGGUAGCAUGUGCAUCGUGUCCUCAAGGUUGUGAUCGGAUGCUCUGGAGAAGACAGAGGUUGAUCACAGGUCAGAGUUCAGGUGCACUCUGUCGAUUAUGGUCAUUAAAAGAAACCAUA